UCUGAUUGGCUGGCUUGUACAGCGGCUGUAUUAGGAAGAAGAAGGCAGCCAUUUUCGUGAGGUCGAAAGACAUUUUCCCCAGAUGCCCAGACACUGCUCCGCCACUGGCUGCAAGUCGCGUGACAACAAAGAUGCUCGUUUAGCUGGAGUCACCUUUCACAGGUUGCCGAAGAAGGGAAACCCUCGGCGCACCACCUGGAUUGUCAAUGCUCGCCGCAAAGGUCCUGGAGAAAAAGGGUUAUGGGAGCCUCAGAGUGACUACAUCUAUUUCUGCUCCAAACAUUUCACCCCUGACAGCUUCGAGCUCUCUGGAGUCAGUGGAUACCGCAGACUGAAAGAUGAUGCCGUGCCCAUGCUGGUUGAAAUUCUUCCUGGGCAAAAAGGAAAGUCCUCAAGAGGAAGAGGCAAAACACGGAAUGAGGACAGACAGUUGGGCACCAGGAGCAGAGCUGAUAAAGAGAGCUCAGACAGUAAGGAGACCCAGAUUAAAGUGGCUCUAGUGCACAUUGUGCAAGACGAAGUAGCUGAGAGCAUCAAGAUCUCCAAAGAAGAACAUCAAAAUGAAACAUCUCCUCUGUUACCUUUACCUUUACAAGAACCCGCACCUGAUCAACCCACAGAAAUACCAUCUACUCCACCUUCUCCGUCCCGUUACAUGAGGCGCCUCCCUCCACCUCCCGGCUUUUACCUUGCCAAAGAACACAGCUACGCUCAGCUCUGCCCGCUGGAGUGGCGCAAACGCUACGAGAAAGCCACAGACAAUUUGGAAAAGGCACUGCGUUUGCUCAGAGCUGCCCGUCGCCGGGAAAAUCGUCUCCGGCUCACGCUGCUGCGCCUUCAGGAAAGCAGACUCAAGCAGACUUUAUCUCAAAUGCAAGAUCGACGGAAGGAGAGUCACGAAAGCCAAGGCAGGUCGAGUCAGAGUCGUCAGAGCGGGAAGCCAGCCAGAUCCGUUCAGGACAGGGGUCUGGAAGCGAUAGAAGAGAAUGAGAUGGAGCGCACGGGUGAAGAGUUACUUACAGAUGAAAACUGGAGGAAGGAAGGAGCUGAAAAGCUGAGGGAUGGUGUGGAAGAUGAGGAAGGGUGCUGUUUUUAUUGCGGACGUGGAAGAGAGGAAGAAGAAACUAAGGAAGCCAGGAAUCAAGUGGGAGCUCGCAGAAGUUUAGUGUUCCAAGGCAGGAGAGGGAGAGGAAGAGGAAGAAACACAUCCGACGUGUUCAGAGAGACGACACAGAACACGGCUGAAUCGAAGGUCGAGACAAAACUUCCCAAUAAUCCUGAGCAGCUUACCCUUCUUCACUCUCAACCUGAAAUGCUCCUGCAGAUGCAUGCACUGCCUGGACCUACGCAAUCUACAUCAACUUACCAGGAAGUCACUUCUUCACAACAGCUCCAGAACCUCCACCUUCUGCAACCUGAUCUGGGCAUUCUCCAUCCAGACACGGCAGCCACGGACUUGAGCGUGACCCAGAGUGAGGAUGGAGGAGGUGAGAUGGGCCACGUGUUUUUGGUUCAUGUGUCUUCUGAAACCAAAGAGAAGAGUGGGAUUGGUGUCGGUGUUGAAGGCUCGAUUCAGAAAAAACAGGCGAUUGUGAUGGCUGAAGAAACCUUCCAGCAUGACAUUAUCGAACAAGGAGAUGUUCCAAGUGACAACGUCGGGUUGAGUCCGAGUGGACUGAGGGGUAACCAAAGUGACCAGCAGACAAACAUCAGAGCCACGCUGGUGGGUGGAGACGUAGCACAGAGACUGAAGGAACAUCUGGAAGGUUUUCAGCUCCAGCUAAGCAGUGAAUUUAUUGAUUAGUUAUACUAAUUAUAAUCAUCCAGUGAGUUCCGAUCAUGACAGAAGAUCAGAGGAGACACAAACAAUCUUUAUAACAGAAAAGCAUUGCACAGGUUCAGAAUUUGCAUGAGGAGUUGGUUUCUAGCUGAUCCUAAUAAAGUGGACGAUGAGAGUA